CUGGGCCCCCCGGCCUCGCGCGGGGCGCGCCGCCGGCGGAGGGGCCGCGGCAGCCGGGCGCUUCGAGGGGGCGAUUCCUCCUCCUGCUCCGCAGCGCCACUCGGCUAGCCGGAAACCCGGGACAGACGGACAGGCGGUCCGACCCGGCUGGCGAGGAGCGUUUGCUUUGGGCGCCGGCAGAGCCGCGCUUUCCCUGCUCUUGUCCUAGCAGUGGGACUGGGAGCAGGCUAAAGGAGGGAUCUUCCCUCUCGGGCUGCUUGUCCCAGCUCUCGAUGAAGCUUCACCUUCGCCAGCUGGUAGCGGCUCCGUCCUUUCCCUUCUCCGCUGGCGGCAGUGCCAAGCAGGCCGGAGAGCUCAGCUCGGUGCGCGGGGCGGAUCGGUGCCCUUGGCGCCUGAGCCGCUCCUGCCUCGCUGCCCUUUCCGUCGCCGGCAAGGGGAUUUGGAAAGGAAUCUGUCCCAUCCCUGCGACACAUGCUGUGCCGUCCCCCGCAGCUCGGGAAUGCGGAGCUGCCGGGCGCUGCCGGGAUCCUGUUGCUCUGUCCUAACCCGGAUACCACAAAUGCCCACAGCCCUGCUGCGGCCACGGGAGCCGGGUGCCAGCAGCGAGGCUCGACCGCGCGCUCCCCGCCGGCAUCCCCCGGGACCUGGGCGUUAGAGGUCAUGUUUUGGCUCCUUCAGGAGGGAAGCAGGAGAGAAGGGAAAGGUGGAAGCCUGGAUUCAGACGUGCUCGUUUACUGGAGCUGCUCGGCUCUGUGUUGCAAUUUAGAUUUAGCUGUAGCCUGUGCUCUGCGUGUUGUUUGCACGCAGGUGGUUAUAGGAGAAGAAGAGCCUCUCGUUUGGUCUUGGUAAUACUGGAGAGCAGCAGCAGCCCCUUGGGAAUGGAAAUGCCUGUUCUGUAGCAAGGAAAACUUCUCCCUGAACAGAGCCAGGCACCUUCUCCCCGUUGCCUGCGCGGAUCAGACAGCAUGCAUCCCGGCGGAGCCCGCCGCGCGUUUCUGAGCGGGGCUGGCUGCAGGGAGGAUUGGCUCGCGGGGUCAGAGUUUAGGAAAGGCAUCUGCAAAGUAUUUUUAAACACUUCUGAUUUCAAACCCCAUCUGCACAGCCACGAGCUGGGAGCAGCAGUUUGAGGUUAGUCCUCAGCCCCGGGCGGUUGAUCACCCACGGUGCGGGGGCAUUUGGUUGCUGGGUGCUCCAGCACUUGGUCACACGAGCGACAGCACUUAAACCAGUCACCUCGUGCGUGAUCUUGAGCAAAUCGCUUCCCCCUCCGUGCCUCCCCUCCCAUCCUUUCUGCCUUGCCUAGAUUAGAAACUCUCCAGGAUGGGGACAUCCUCUCCGCCUGCCCCACGGCGCCUGCUGCCGCCCACCGCAGCUUCCCCGGGGCCGAAGCGGGAGGAAGUUGCAGGAUUUCCAGCCGCCUUCCCGAGUACCAGCUCCGCCGGCCGGAGCGGCACCCGGGUGCCGGCUGCUGCGUGCACGGGACGGCGGGAGCCCCUGGGCCUGCUGGGCUGGCGUUACUGGGACAGAGCGCUUGAAGGCCACGCUAGCCCGGUGCCCAGUCCCCGGCCUUUUCUGGGGACUCGCGUGGUUUGCCGUGACCCUCGGAGCUGUCGCUUGGAGGUGCGGAGCCUUGUUUCGCUCCGUGGAUCUCACAGGUUUUUUAAUAGCUGCUCCUGGCUGUUGUAAUUUUUAUUUGGGGCUUGUUGUUAAAACCAUAAAAAUUACAGUUAAACACUGCUCUGAAGCGUCAGAGCCCUCCAGGUGCGGGUGGGUGCUGCGUCCCUGCCCGCCCGCCUGCCCUCGUUAACUCGUUUGCUCAGCAAAUCCAGGCUGAUUGACCUGCCCCGGCCUUGGCCUUCCCGGGGAUCCCAGCCCUUCGGCUGCCCGGAGCUUCCCGGGUCGCCUCGGCCUGGCUGGCCCCAGACGCAGGCAUCGAGGAGCUGCCGGGGAAGAGGGACCCCGCGCCGGUUGUUUGCCUCGCUGUCCUCUCCCUCCGGGCCCGCGUCCGCGCCGCUCACGCGGGCUCCCUUGACAUCCCUCUUUGCUUUUCCUUCCUCCGGUUGGAGGUCCGCUUGUCGGGUUGUUUCUCCCCAGAUGCUGUAGUCUGCGGUUUUCCCGAGCUGACCCUGCCUCGGUUUGGUCUCUGCGAUCUCUCCGAGCGCCUUCGCGUUAUGUCUCUGCCCUUGUCGAUCGCUUCUCGGUGCGGCAGCGUCUGCAGAUUAUCCUGACGUGCCGGCUGCUUGGCAUCACCGGCGUGGAAGCACCGAGGGUGCCUGUAGGACGCAGCCCCCUCUGUGUCCCAGAGAUGUCCCAGAGCUCGUGCGGCCCUUUGCCAGGCUCCUGGGGAAAAAUUAAUAUUGGACUGGCUGGACGGGAGCCAAAGCGGGGUCGACGCUGGGUCGGAUGCUUUGCUGACCCUCGCGCCCCGGCAGAGGCUCUUUGCCCCGCGGUUCGCUGGGUGCGCGGGUGGAGCGGCCGCGGCCACGCGCCCGUGCUCGCUGGCGGCCAGCCCGCCGGCCCUUCCGGGGCGGCAGCGGGGAGCCGCGCUCGGCUGCUGGUCCCUUUCCUAUCGCCCCAUCUCUUCCCGUGCCGGGAGGUGUCCUGUCCUUUCGGAAGGAUGGGGGAAAUGGAAAAGGCUCCACCUCUUCCCUCGGCAAAUACAGCUCCACUGAGUUCAUAUCCUGGAGAGCGAAACAGCCAGAUCCCAGCAGGGACGGUGACUUCACCGCCCGGUAACGUGUUUCCCCGGCCAGCUGGGAAAGGAGCCUUCGUAUCUGUGAAGGAGCCGCCUGGCUUCCCCCACCCAAAAGUCUUUACCAGCUGUUUCCAUCCCGGCAGCGGCUGGGAGGAUGCGGAGCGAAGAUUUCGGCUCCGUGGGGAAUGGGAGUUCCCUCUCCCUCCUCGCCUGCGUGCUCGGCGGCCGGCUCGCUCGGCCGCGGCGCAUCUUCGCGGAGGUCGCCGGCGAGGCGCUGGGAGCUGAGCGCUUCUCCCGCGCCGCCGGCCCCCGGGCUCGCCGGGGAGAAGGCGUGAGCCCGGGCAGACCCCCGCGCGCGAAGCGCAGCGACCGCCCUCAAUCCCCCUGGCACCCCGCAGGGCCCUAGAUCUGGCUCGGGGUGCGAAGUUUGGAGCAGGAGCAGCUCCUCUGCCCCCGCCAAGGAAGGGGCGAACGCGGCCAGGUCUUUCCGGAGAGCGUCUGCCCCGCUAAGCGGCCCCGGCCGGCUCGGCUCGCUGCGGAGCGCCGGGGCGCGAGCCGUCCCGCCGCAGCUGCGCGGCCGCCGACGGGCUUCCCGCGUUUGCUUUUCCUUCCAUUGUUCUCUCGCGGUUUGGUUUAACAAACUCUUGUGUUUUUUCCUGCUUUGCUUGCGGGGAGGAAGGGGGAAAUUGGGGUUCUCGCCCGGCGCCGGCCCUGGGAGGCCUCGCAGGAGGGCUGGUGGGGGCAGGUGCUGCCGCCGCCGCUGCCUCUGCUUUCCGGCCUGUCGAUCGCGUCAGACUGUGGGUUUUUCCCCGUAAGAAGCCGAAGGAGAAGGUCUCCCGGGCAGCUCUGCGGCCCCGGCAGCGGCGUGAGGUCUCCCGGCCCUGCCGGCAGCAGCCCUUGGAGGCAGCCGGGUGUUUUGGGCUUUUCAAACUGCUUGAGCUGCAGAGGUGCCUGCGAAGGCCCAAACUCAGGUGCAGGCUGUUCGUGGGGGCAGGAGAGCGAGCGCUCGCGGGGCCUGCGCGCGGCUCCGGCCGUCACGGGCAGCAGCGCCCUCGCAGCCUCAUUCGGCCGCCAGCUCCGCGGGGGACGGAGGGCGCCCGGCCCCGCUGCCCCCGCGCUGCCGGCGGAGCUGGGCCCCGGGCCGGGCUCUGCGCUGGGGCCGCAGGCAGCGCGGACCGCGGUUGGGAGCCCUCGGCUCUCGCCCCGACUCCAUCCCAAACUUGCUGCGUGACUUUGGUCGAGUUUCUCAAUACCUCUGCGGCCGAGCUCCUUCCCUCUCCGAACGGGCGAAUCUCUUCCGAACCUGUUGGGAAACUGCGCUGUGAUGGCAGGUUUGCGGGGACGCGGUGCCGGGAGGAGCCGGCUGUGGGUGUCCGGAGCAGCGAGCCUGCCUGGGGCAGGACGGGCAGCAGGGAUAGCGAGGGGCGAUGCCUCCGGAAGAGGGAUGGACGUCGCUUACUCGAUUUCGUACGAGCCUCAGCCUUGGCCGUGCAGCGGGCACGAGCGUGGGGCAGGCCGAGGUGGCAGCGCGCAGGCCGAGAGGCCGCCCGGGGCAGGGGGGGUGAAGCUGCUGCUUCUCACCGCCACCACCGCCGGCCUCUCCGCGGGAUCGGAGCUCCUGAGCUCUUUUCCCAGCCCGUUCGUUGGCUUCGCAGUGGCCGGCCCCUGGCUGGGCUUAAUUUUCCCACGAGUGCACGCGCGUGUGCUUGGAGCGUCCGGACAGAGCGCGGCGCCCGGCGUCGCGCCGACGGCGAGAAGCGGCGCUUUGCCGCCGCGGCCGCUCCGCCAGCGGCAGGAGGCCGAGCUCCCUCCGCAGCCGCCGCCGCCGUCUCGAGGAGCACGUGGGCCCCACAUUUGUAACCAAUUUGCUGGAGCUCUCCGGAGGUGUUUCCUGCCUGCUGCUUGGCAGCUCCUCUCCGUACAGAAGCUCGCUGGCUUCCCCGAGCGCUUGCUUAACCCUGGCUGCCGUCGCGGCGGCCGCGUCCCGCCCGGGCGGCAGCGGGCACAGGACCGGGCGCAGCGGGGUGAGGCGGUGCCAGCCCGCAGGGACGGCUCCCGGAGGGGAGCGUGGCUGAGCACGGAGACCUUGUGUCCGGAGAUGCUCCCCGGGAUGUGCAGAGCCUUGUUUUUCCCUGGAAAUCUUGGCAGUUCCUAGGCCUGCUGGUGCUGCUGGGCCCGGAGCCCGUCUCCGAUCUCCUGGCGUGGGUCCCUCUCCCGCUCGGCUCCUCCUGGGCCUUUUCUGUUUCGGUCCCUGCGUGGUUUGAGCUCUCCCAGCGUGGACAUUGGGGUGACAACGCUGCGGGUCAGUGUCCGCGAGGGAGCGACGUUGCUGGGUCCUUGCUCCUUCUGCUCUCCACUCUGGGUUAAUCUUCCCCGGAUGCGAGGUCGGGAGGAGAGCGGGGAGGAGCAGGGAGCACGAACCGGGCCUGCGGGCGCUCCGGCGCUUUCAUCCUGCAGCUGGGAUUUAGCAUUCGGAGGCCGUGCUGCCCCGGGACGGCUCCGGUGAGGAUGUGACUGCGGGGCCGCCAGAGCGAGGAACUAAUUUGAGGAAUGUUCCCUGGUGAGAGGAGUUAAAACAUAGGAAUUCUGCUUUGCGGCUGCUGACAGCUGCCUCCCCCGGCGAUGGAUGGAGGGAGGCCGGGAAACCUCCCUCUGCCGCCCCGGCGGUCCGGGCCGCUGCCCUCGGCAGAUGGGCUCGGGCUGGGGCUCGGGGCGAGCUGUCCCCGUUUGGAGGGUGGGCGCUGCUGAACCCCGGCGACAGUCUGUCGGGCUCCGUGGGACAUUUCUGCCUCUUUCGGGUACUCUUGCACUCGACAGACAUUUGCAUCCGUCCCUUCCCCUCCCUGCAUCUCCUGCCUGGAUGCAGUUCCGAGGAGCCCUGCGGGGACAUCUCGCCGCAGCAAGCUCCGCCAAGGUUUUCCUGCAGAGUCCACCGAAAGGUACAAAGAGAAACAGCGUUUUUCCACCCGCUUUGGGGUGGCCGUGUGCUUCCCGUGUCUUUCCGGUGGUCGCACCAUCUCUCCUUGGCUCAGCUUAGCCUCCGGCUCGCACACGCUGGCAUUGCCCGUCGCUUCUCGAGCGAGAGAAGCAGCCUGAGCUCUCCUCUCUGGAUCUGAGUUCCUACUGCAUACAGCAUCCUUAAAAUAUAUACAUACAUAUAUAUAUAAACUGAUUAAAAGACAGGCACGUUGGAGGCCCAGCCUGAAAUCUUUGCUCCAAGCUCCGUCGCUGCUCAGGCUACGCUGUGCCGUGAGGUCUAAACGCUCCAUACUGCCGGGAAUCCGUUCUUGGUGGCGUGAAAACCAGAAAUUGUUCUUGACCAGCCUUAUCCCUCUGCUUACAGCCAAAACCAAUGGGUGCAGGAAAUGACGGAUUUAUGGGCAUUUCCGUGACACCAGGCAGUAUGGAUUUAGGAUUCAGUUUGAGUCGUUUAAGGCGAUGUUGGUAAAUACAAGUAAUGGACCCCUUGAUUUCAUCUUUGAUAAUUUCAUCUCAGUUGCGUCCUUUGGAAAUCCCAUGGAAGCAGACCCUGCUCAGCCCUUCCUGCUUGUUGCAGGAUGAGUCCCGAGGCUGUGAGGGGCAGGAUGAGGUCUGUUCCCGUUGAAGCAGAGCACGUUCCUGGCUCUACUCUACAAAGUGCAAAUCUGGCUCAGAAAAUGACUCUGGAAAAGAGGCACCCUGGGGUUUGGUGUUUAUUGUCUGUCCGUGACUCAGAAGUGGCUGGUUUACAAAUGAAAUGUUAUAUUUUCCUAAGCAGCAGGUCCGCAGACCCAGCUUGGUGUCGGAAAGCUCGUCCCAGUGCUGCUUUCCUUCGCGCGCCCCAGCGCCGGGGAUGCCGGUGCAGCACGGCUUGGCAGCGCUUACGCAGUCUGAUAGCGAGCCUGGCCACGGGGCUGAGGGAAGCUGCUUUGCCUUGACGGGGAACCCAGAUCUUCAGCUUUCUGGAGAUAACGGACUGGAAAGAAAAAAUGAGUGUUGCCUUGUCACCGGUGCUGAGCGACAGGCCCCAGGGAGCAGGUUCCUUCGGGGACGAAGCCCAAACUUGGCACGGAGCUGCUCGCUUGCGUUUGCCUCGUGCUUUGAAGAUGCAAAGCACCUGCAAGAGCCAAUUAUGGUGAUCCCAUCCUGAUCUUCUCUGCUGUGGUGGCUAGUCACAAAUCCAUCACCAGAAGCCACUCAAAGACCAUUUUGCAUUAAUUAGCUUGUUUACAAAACAUAUUAAAUUGCAGUAAUGACGAUACCAUUACUUGGUUUCCUUUUAAUUAUCCACUUGCAUAAUGAGCCAGCCCCCUCCUUGGCUCCAUUUCCGGUAGAAAGGGCCACAUAUCCUUGGGCCACACAGCACAUCUUGGUUGUUUUUGUACGAGAUCUUCCUGUGAGAUGGGCGGAGAUGUGAGAGAAGGGAAAAAAAGAAACAGAGGAGGAGGAGAGGACCCGGGAGCUGUGCCCGGCUCUGCAAGCAAGAAGGCUUUUCUCCAGGAACCCAGCAAGUUUCAGUGGGUUCGAGGUGGCUCUUUCACCCCGGGCUUAGAGCCUGGCUGUCUGGAGGACUGCGAUAUCCCAUAGGAAGCAACGCGGAAACCUGCCAAAGCCUUUAGUUCUCGUCGGCUUGGCGAUGGGGCUGCCUGGAAGAGCGGAGGAGAAGCGAUGGCAUUUCUUGCCCCCCGCAUACCUUCUUCCUUUCUUUCCCUUUUCACUUAGCGCUUGAAUUCCAGAGAUGUUAAUCCGCUCUCAACCCCUCGGUGGAGAAUAAAACGGCCUCUCUGUGUGGGAGGAAAGAAUUUGUGUGAAUUCAUUACAGGAAAGAGCGGGCAGCAGAGGCGGGCGCGUGUGAGCGCGGGCUGAGGAUGGGGUGAGCAUCCUCUGCCACUCAGUGGUCCCCGGGCGAGGAGAGAGGGACGGGCAAGGAGAUGAGAGCAUCGGGCACGGCACAAUCCUCGCUUUCAGAGCCCGAGUCCUCGGCCCCAGCCGUAAAAAUGCCAACCAUCUGCUCUGUGGGCCAGUCCUUGGCGAGGAGCAGCGAGUGGGGAGCAAAACGUCCCCGCUCGGCACGUCCCAGGUGCCGCUGGCUAUAAAUGGGAGCGCGUGCCGAGGAGGGGCCGGGGCCGCCGUCGUGGCGGAUCGGGGCGAUGAGAGCUGCGGGCAGGGGGCCGCGAAGGGCUGCUGGGCGCAAAGGUCGGAGGGAGGAAAAACGUCUGAGCUGGAGCCGGGGCUGCUCCUUGGAGGGUCUGCGGAGGUGAAGGGCAAGAGGCCAGAGAGCGAGGAGGCGCCGGCAGGAUGGGGCAGGCGCUGUUCUGCGCGCUGGCAGAGCUCCUGGGAUCUGCCAAACGCCUGAACGUGAACUACCAGGAUGCGGACGGGUUCUCGGCGCUGCACCAUGCGGCGCUGGGCGGCAGCCUGGACCUCAUCGCCCUGCUGCUGGACGCCCAGGCCACCGUCGACAUCAAGGACAGCAACGGGAUGCGCCCCUUGCACUACGCUGCCUGGCAGGGGCGAGUGGAGCCGGUGCGGGUGCUGCUGCGGGCCUCCGCCUCGGUCAACAUGGCCUCGCUGGACGGGCAGAUCCCGCUGCACCUCUCAGCUCAGUACGGCCACUACGAAGUGUCGGAGAUGCUGCUCCAGCACCAGUCCAACCCCUGCCUCGUCAACAAGGCGAAGAAAACCCCCUUGGACCUGGCCUGCGAGUUCGGGCGGCUGAAGGUGGCUCAGUUGCUGCUGAACAGCCACCUGUGCGUCGCCCUUCUAGAGGGCCAGUCCAAGGACGCCACUGACCCCAACUACACCACCCCGCUGCACCUCGCGGCCAAGAACGGGCACAAGGAGAUCAUCAGGCAGCUACUGAAAGCCGGAAUCGAGAUCAACAAGCAGACGAAGACAGGCACGGCCCUGCACGAAGCUGCUCUCUACGGCAAGACCGAGGUGGUGCGCUUGCUUCUGGAGGGCGGCGUUGAUGUGAACAUCAGGAACACCUACAAUCAGACAGCCCUGGAUAUUGUGAACCAGUUCACCACCUCGCACGCCAGCAAGGACAUCAAGCAGCUGCUAAGAGAGGCAUCAGGAAUCCUGAAGGUCCGAGCUUUAAAGGAUUUUUGGAACCUCCACGAUCCAACUGCUCUCAAUGUCCGGGCAGGAGAUGUCAUCACGGUCCUGGAGCAGCACCCGGAUGGGCGGUGGAAGGGACAUAUCCACGAUGCUCAGAAAGGCACCGAUCGGGUUGGAUACUUCCCUCCCUCCAUCGCCGAAGUCAUCAGCAAGCGCACAGGCAUGAUCCUCCCCCGCCCGGCGCCUGCGCACCAGCGCCAGGGCCCCCCCGGGGCCCUCACCGCCCUCCCCGGCGGGCUGCAGCACCUCCCUGACGAGUGUCCACACCAGGCAGCCCCGAGCGUCCCAGCGGCCUAUGGCCACCUCACCCUAACCCGGACGGUGCCGGGCCCUGACAGCUCAGCAGGAGACAGGAACAGCGUGGGCAGCGAGGGCAGCAUCGGCAGCAUCCGCAGCGCCGGCAGCGGCCAGAGCACCGAGGGCACCAACGGGCAGAGCACCAGCAUCCUCAUUGAGAACGCCAGGCCGCUGCCCUCCGCCAGCGAUGACCUCCAGCAGCACCUCGUGGGAUCGGAGCCGCGCAAUGGGCAGCUGAACUCCACGGCAGGGCCCCCGGGGCACCAGACCCCCGGCAGCUGUCCCCCUGGAGACAAGGUCUUCUCCCACCAGUUCCUGCGCCCUGAGCAGCUCCUCGAGGGGAAGGAUGCAGAGGCCAUUUAUAACUGGCUGCACGAGUUCCAGCUGGAGUCAUACACCGCCAACUUCCUCAACGCCGGCUACGAUGUCCCCACUAUCAGCCGCAUGACUCCAGAGGACCUGACAGCCAUUGGUGUGACCAAACCGGGACACAGGAAGAAGAUCUCCACUGAGAUUGGACAGCUCAGCAUCGCUGAGUGGCUGCCCAACUACAUCCCGGCUGACCUGAUGGACUGGCUCAGUGCCAUUGGGCUGCCCCAGUACCACAAAAAACUAGUGAACAACGGUUAUGACUCCAUCACCAUCGUGACAGACCUGACCUGGGAGGAUCUGCAAGAGAUUGGCAUCAACAAGCUGGGCCACCAGAAGAAGAUCAUGUUGGCCGUCAAGAAGCUCAGAGACCUCCGUAAAAGCUUGAACCAAGCAGAAGCAACACUGGCGAGACGUAAAGUCCCUGGUGCCCUGGACAUCGUCACCAUCGAGUCACUGGAGAAUGGGGAGUGUCAGUCCCCGCACACCCCCAAGAUGACGACAUUUCAGGACAGUGAGCUCAGCUAUGAGCUCCAGACGGCCAUGUCCAACAGCUGCCACGAGACACUCAGCAUCAAGAGCAGCCAGGGGAUGUCGCGGAGCCAGGAGAGCAUCGGGGUGCGCUCCAGGGGCUCAGGGCACUCACAGGACAACGUGCUCUCUCGGCGCCUCUCCAGCCCCUCGCAGGAGAGCCUGGGCAGCGGGGAGAGCAGCGGCAGCAGCGGGCAGUCCUGCACGCAGCCCCACAGCAAGGAGAGCCCGGCCAGCCUGCCGGGACGGCCCAGCCCCGAGCCCUACGGGAAGCUCGUCUCCCCGGAGGGGCAGAAUGGCCAUGCCAACGGCUGCGGGGGAAGCCCUCUCAAGGAGAGGAACCUGCCCGAAGGCAUGGAUCAGUACCCCCGGCCGGCAGCUCAGAAGGGCACUGUCCCUCCAGGGCCACAGGCAGUCACCCCCUGCACCCCUCCCCAGACCCCCAGCAAGGCAACUGCCCCUUACGUCUUCAUGUACCCCCACGUCUCCUUGAAAUCCCAGGCAACCCCUUCCCUCCUGGGAGCAGAGCAGCCCAAGAGCCUGGCGCACCCCUACCCCUCCUUCUCCCCCACCCAGAAGAGCAGCCUGCAGACAUCAGCCCAGAAAGCCUUCUCCUACCUGCACAGCCACUGUGGCCCUGCGGAGAUGCCCACGGGGCUGCCCAAGCCUGCCGCUGCGCCUGGCGCCUGGCAGGCCGCGGAGCAGCAAAAUGGAGGCGAAGGUUUCAAGCACAAGAAGCGGUCGCACAGCCUGAACCGCUACGCGCUGUCAGACGGGGAGCACGAGGAGGAGGAGGAUGGGAUGUCUACCAGCACGCUGGGCUCCUACGCCACCCUCACACGGCGCCCAGGCCGGAGCCAGAUGCCGCGGGCCUGUCUGCAGGCAGAGGCCAAGGUCACCCGCAGCCAGUCCUUCGCCAUCCGCGCCAAGCGCAAGGGCCCUCCGCCGCCGCCUCCCAAGCGUCUCAGCUCUGUCUCCAGCGCCCUUGCCGCGGAGGCAGACAGCGAGCAGGCCCCCGAGCCCGAACGACAGCCCGCUGCCGUCCCAGAUGCGGCCGGUGUCGCUGCUUCCCCCAGCGACGCCGGCCACAGCAGAACGGUGAGGAGCCUCGCGACUGCGCUAGAGGGGCCGCCCGGGGCGAGUCCGCCCAAGCCUCUCCUGGCCCCGAAGCCCCUGAACAUGGCUCAGGACUGCGUCUCCAGGGUGAGCGAGGACAGUCAGUCCUGCCACGCUGAUGACUCCAGCACUGCCAGGCUUUCAGAUGCCAGCAGGGACGCCUUUGAGAGCAGCAAGCCCCGGAGACGGACAUUUAGUGAGCCCAGUGCUCCCAUGACGGAGACCGUGCAGGGCAGGCGGGAAGAUGCCUGCUCAGACACGGAGGAGGAGGCGGCCAAGGCAGAGGCUUCCACCUCAUCCUCCCAGAACAGCUCCAGUGAGUGCAUCCCCUUUGCAGAAGAAGGCAACUUAACCAUCAAGCAGCGGCCUAAGCCUGCUGGGCAUCUCAAGGCUGACGCAGCCACACUGGAUGCAGAGCCCAGUUCCCAGGCCACAGAGCCCCCCUGCUCCAGUGGGAAGGAGUCAGGGGUGCCCGUUGCCACCAAAGAGCCGCCCGUGCUGGAGUUCAACCUCACAGAGUCGGACACAGUGAAGCGCAGGCCCCGCUUUAAGGAGCGCGAGCCGCUGCAGACGGUGCUGAAGGCGUUCAGCCUGGCCGGGCAGGCCGAGGCAGGGGCGAACCUGGCGCCGCAGUAUGCGCAAGCCCAAGCCGUGAGCAUCACAGGCCCGGCCACCCCCAGGCUGGAGCCGCAGGCUGGGCUGGCUGGAGAUGCCUUUGAUGAUGACAACAUGGAGUUCAGGAUUGCUGAGAUAGAGAAGAGCAUCCUGUCCCUCGAGAAGGGCAUCAAGAAGGCACCAAGCCCUGUGAAACCCCCCAGCCCCUCGGAGCUGCUCAGCACUGCUGUGCUGAGGACACCAACUCCAGACGUCCCAGCCAAACACACCUCCGUGGCAUCCACCAAGCUGGUGUUCUCCGGACCCAAGACCGUCUACCAGCAGGUCCUGCAGCCUUCCCGCCACACUGUCGCUCCCUGGGCGGCUGCUGAGACGGUGCCAGACGUGAUCGGACCCGUGGCUGGUUCCGUCUCUCUGAACCCAGAGCCCAGCAGCAAGGCGUUGGCGAAGCCUUUGGGGGCCACUCUGGCCCAGCAGAGGCUGGAACAGACCAACUCCACCCUGGCUGCUGCGCUGCAGGCCGCAGAGAAGAAGAUAACAGCCAAGGAGGCAGAGAGCCAUCCUGAGGCUGUGCACUCAGCCAAGAACAUCCUGGAAGACAUCAGCAACAUGUUUGAUGACCUGGCCGACCAGCUGGACGCAAUGCUGGACUGAGGCUUGCUCCCUUCUUCCCCUUCCCGCCUCCAGCUGCUCCGCAAAUGCCCGUUGUGAUGAGGGGAGAGUAGAUCUAGCACCCAAACGGUGUCUCCAAGUAUCUCCAGCUGCCUCCUUUCCUGCGCCUUACACCAUGGCUAGGAACCCGUCUGCCCCCUCCUCGCUCGCCCAGCAUCUCUGGCCCCAGAGCUGCCUGGCUCCGUGUCACACGCUCCAGCAUGACCAUGGGCUGGUUUCCGAGAGGGUCAGGCCUUUCCCACCAGACUGGCAGCAGGAGGAGAGCCCAGAGGGGCUUCACACGUGGUCCUGGAGGCUGCAGAGAAAACCUCGCUCCCUUGCACAGAGCUGAAGAGCCUCCACAAGGGACCUUUCUCUUCUCUCGCUGCGUUGCCGAGUCCUGCCUCUUAUUAUUUAUCCCCUGCCAACAAUGUGUCAAAGGAGAGACCUCCCCGGGCAGCCGCCACCGAGUUGGCUAUUUACUGAGCAGAUCCCAGCCCCGGCAGAGCCUGACAGCAGCUAAAAGAAGACAGGGCUUGUCGCGACUUGGCAGCUUGCAGAGUGAGAAGGAACCUUCCUGCUUUAUUUGCUGCUUUUCCGAACGCGUCAGCAUCAGGCAGCAUGUAAUCUGAGCGGAUCGAAAUCCCCCGGCAGGACCCGCACCCCCAUCCCCAAGGCCGGGGCUGGCACUGCCCGCAUCCCGCGGAGCGGCGAGUGCUGUGCCGCGGGCCCUGCCGGAGGCGGGGGGCUGCCCGCGCCUUUCGCGGGGCGAGGACAGCGACUCGCUGCGCCCACGGCCGGGAAGGGCCGCGCGUUCGUGCCAGCCGGGCUCGACCAUGCUGCUAAAUGGAGGCUGCCCUCUGCCGACACCGUGCCUACGCAAACCGCCAGCCCCGCCACUUCCAGGGAGGCGGUAGCACAGUGGUUAGCGCUUUUUUCUUUUCUUUUUUUCCCCUUUUCCUCCCCUGUCCCCUUUUGGAGGAGAAAAUGGUCCCGUUUCCCACUGAUCCUCAGUGCAGGGAGAUCCUGGCACAAACUCAGCUGUGAACUUUGUUAGACAGGAGCUGCGUUUGAGACUAGGUGAUGAUGCUUCCUUGCAGCUCCAAAACCCGGCAGGAGAGGUGACCCCACAUGCACCGGGUGAAUUCAGCUCAGCAACAGCUACUGUAAAUACAGGCUGGAUGCAGUCACAGCCCCGUGGCCGCAGCAGGGGAACAGCAGCGGUAGCUCGCUGCGUCCAAGCAGUAGGAACGGCUGCAUAGCUUGAAGACAGAUUUCUCUAGCAGGAUCUGUUUAGUAGUGCAUGUCUAAAUAUGUCCAAGAGCCCCGAACUUGGCUUGCGCUCGGCAUGCCAAGCAAAUGAAAGCAUCAGAGCACCAGAAGGGAACCCAAGAUUGUACUAAAGUGCCAUUUGUUGCAAAAAUCCCAAACAAAAGGAAAUCCAGCCCAUCACCUCUUAAAAAUAAAAAUACCAACACAAAACCAAACUGUAAAGGGAGAAGGUGGCUGAAGAGGCAGUCGCUUCCCACUUUUGGGGGGAGUUUGCAACUGAAGUAGACAGUUAGCAAGACAACGUGCCCCUGCACCGCAAAGGAGGCGCCCAGCGCCCGCCUGGACAUUUCCCGGGGGCCUUCGCUCGCGAGCGGCAGCCAGCGGGAGAUGCCAGCCUGGCCUCUGCGUUAAAAAGCAAAGACAAGAAAGCCCUGAAAAAAAAGAAACAAAAAAAUGCUUGGUUGGCUGGGACUUGAGGUGAAUUUGAGGUGCUUAAGGCACCCAAAGCCUGGCGAGUUGGUUGCUCUGUGUUUUAUACAUCCCACUGAGGGUAUUAAAGUGACCAUGUCUGACAGACAAGUGCUACAUCAUGGACUGUGUUUUUAAAUAGCUGCAACCAGUGGCACUUUAUCGAAAGGUUUGCAGAAACCUUUUAAAACUGAUUUUUUACUCUCACACAAAUCAACCUGGAACACGCCCAGGUGGGUUAUUUUUUUUUCCAAUGUUGAUAAACUGUAAAUGUUUUUUAAAGGCCAAUGUAUAUAUUUUAAAUGUGAUUUAUUAUAUAUAUUUACUAACCAGAAUUGCAAGUCUUGUACUCUAGGGUCAGGGAUAAGAGGACACUGGGGUGGAGCUGUGCCGCUGUCUGAGCCACCUGAGGGCAGCACCACGCUGCUCUCACUGUCAAUAAGGGAAUUAAUUUGAUUUUGCAGAAAAAUGCCUAUUUUUUAAGCUCUAGAUCUUUAUUUUAAAGCUACUGUAUGGUGCGUAAGUUAUGUACACUGCAACUGGGACUAACUGACCCUGGCUGCACCUGCUUCAUGCAGCAAGGCAGUGAGGGGAAAAAAUAGCCCAUGUAAUCACCAGACUGACAACAGAUUUUAAACCAUCUGCUCUCUUUGUGUUAAUCAUGUGGUUUUUGUUUUCCACUAACAUCCAUUAAGACUAAGUUCUAUUAAACAGUGGGGCAUAUUUUACCCUUUUGAUA